AUGGGACCAGAUCAAAUGCUCAGAAGAUGUGUGAUGGAGGAGGAGGUGCUAGGAGUUCUCCGAGAGGUGCACGAAGGGCUAGCGGGGGGCCACAUGGGACCAGACACUACUGCACGGAAGCUGACGAGUGACUGGGGUGGCCAUUUUGUCAACCAUGUUAUUAAGUUGCUCAUGAUAGAAUUUAAGAUCUUCCAUUCUCUGUCAAGUCCAUACUACCCUCGAGCCAACGGGCAGGUGGAGGCCACGAACAAGAUCCUGAUAGGAGUCAUUUAUAAGUCAUGUGGGAUCGAAGGGGAAGAUUGGGAAGAGAAGUUACCCUUUGUGUUGUGGGCUUGCCACACGAUGUACAAAGUGACCAUGAGACAAACACUCUUCCAACUUAUGUACGGGCAAGAGGCUAUGGUGCUAGUGGAAUUCAUGGUGCCAAGCCUUCGCAUUGGAGUAGAGAACAGACUCAGGGAUAUGGAGAGCCUGAGGGAGAGACUGUAUGCCUUAAGCAAGUUGGAUGAAAAAAUAAUGAUGGCACAAUGGGCCACAGAGGCAGCCCAACAAAGAUGGGAGGUCUGGCAUGACAAGCAUCUUCGGCAAAUGAAGUUUACUCCUGGGCAGUUAGUGUUGAAAUUCAAUGAGAGGAAUGAAAUCAAACCAGGAAAAUUUAAAGUGUGA